AUGUUAUCUGGAUGGAGCACAAAAGGAAAAUUAGCAUGCCCUGUGUGUAAUAAGUGGACUUGUUUGCUAACUUUGAAAAAUGGAAGGAAGCAAUGUUAUAUGGGUCAUCAUAGAUACUUACAUUCUCAACAUUCUUGGAGAAAAAAUAAGAAAUUUGAUGGAAAACUCGAGCGCAGGUCGAAGCUUGAAGAAUUGACAGGAGAUGAAGUUCUAAGACAAUUUGAAUUUGUUCCAAAAGAUUUGGUAUUUGGGAAGACACCUAAUAGAAAAAAGCGUGUACGCAGUCCACAAGAGCUCAAUUGGACAAAAAGAAAGAAGAAUAUAUGUGAAAAUAUCUUGGGGACAUCGAUGAAUAUUGAUGGAAAAUCAAAGGAUAAUAUUAAGGCUCGGAUGGAUUUAAAAGCUAUGGGUAUAAGAAAAGAGUUACAUUUACAGCCAAAAGGUAAUAAAUUUCUAAUGCCUCUUGCUUGUUAUACAUUACCGACGCUAGAGAGGAGAAAGUUUUGUGAAUGGAUGAAAUCAAUAAAGUUGCCAGACGGAUAUACUUCAAACCUUUCUCGAUGUGUAAAUGUUGAAGAUUGUAAAAUUUUGGGAAUGAAAAGCCAUGAUUAUCAGGUAUUCAUGCAACGAUUACUUCCAGCAGCAAUUUGUGGGUCUUUACGUAGUGAGGUGUACAUUGCAUUAUCAGAGUUGAGUUCUUUUUUUAAGGAAUUGUGUUCAAAGACUUUAAUAAAAUCCACAAUCAAAAAGUUGCAGAGUGAUAUCGUUUUGAUAUUAUGCAAGCUUGAGAUGAUAUAUCCUCCGUCAUUUUUUGUAAUUAUGAUGCAUCUUGCAAUUCAUCUACCACGUGAAGUUGAAUUAGGAGGACCAGUUCAUUAUCGGUGGAUGUACUUUAUUGAGAGAUUCUUAGGGACUUUGAAAAAUUUUGUACGUAAUUUAGCUCGACCAGAGGGUUCAAUUGCUGAACCAUAUAUCACUAAGGAAUGCUUGAACUUUUGCUCAUUAUAUUUUCAUGGAGUUGAGACAAGAUACAAUCGAGUUGAGAGAAACUAUGAUAUGGCUAUGCAAGUAGGGGUGCAUGAUGGUUUUUCUGUAUUUGCCCAUAAUGCAAGGCCUUUAGGGGCUGUAAUGUACGAAAAAUUAUCCCAUUCCGAUUUUGAAAAGAUAUUAUGGUACGUGCUUAAUAACUGCGAGAAUAUAGAGGAAUAUCUCAAUAUGCACAUUGAAGAAUUAGAAAAGACAAGUCUUAUUGAUGUGCGAAAAAGACAUCAGGAGGGAUUUUCCUCUUGGUUCAAGCAGUAUGUUGGCCGCUUAUGUGUCGAUGGUUUGAUCACAACGACAGAUCAUUUAUAUGUGUUGGGUUUAGGUCCUGAUAUACGAGUUACUAGGUAUAGUGGUAUAAUUGCGAAUGGAGUUAGAUUUCACACAACUGAACGUGAUAGUUUCCGCCGGACUCAAAAUAGUGGGGUUUCAGUUAAGGGAGAGCAUAAUUUGAAAGAAAUUGAUUUUUUUGGUGUGCUAACAGAUAUAAUUGACCUACAAUAUAUUCAUGGAAAUCAUGUUUUUUUGUUUAAAUUACAUCAAGUUUUCUAUGUCAAUGAUAUGAAAAAUGGGGGUCCUUGGAAAAUUAUGCAAAAAUCAUAUCCUAGGAAUAUAUAUGAUGUCCCAGAGAAGAAAGAAUCAUACAAUGAAGAUUCAGUAUUAAAUGAUGAGCCUUAUCAACAAUAUGAGACUGAUUAUCUUCAUGAAGUUGAACAAGUUGAUGGUGAAGAUUUAGAAUCUUUGCACCAUAUCGAUGUCAAAUUCAGUGGAAGAGCAUUAUAA